UACACCACGUGGCAGGAGGCAUCGUCACGCUGCGCCGCGCUCGGCUACACUCUGUGCGACAAAAACUGCGCAGACAAAGGCUGCAACUACAAUUCGAUUUGGGCGUGCGUCCACGACGCCACCGCCACCAGGCACCUCAACGUCGCCAUCGCUGCGCAGUGCUGCGACGGCUCGACGUGCAAACGUAAGAGCUCAAGCAGCAACGACGACUGUAUCGCUGGGAUGUGGAGCUCCUCCUUCGAGUACACCACGUGGCAGGAGGCAUCGUCACGCUGCGCCGCGCUCGGCUACACUCUGUGCGACAAAAACUGCGCAGACAAAGGCUGCAACUACAAUUCGAUUUGGGCGUGCGUCCACGACGCCACCGCCACCAGGCACCUCAACGUCGCCAUCGCUGCGCAGUGCUGCGACGGCUCGACGUGCAAACGUAAGAGCUCAAGAAGCAACGACGACUGUAUCGCUGGGAUGUGGAGCUCCUCCUUCGAGUACACCACGUGGCAGGAGGCAUCGUCACGCUGCGCCGCGCUCGGCUACACUCUGUGCGACAAGAACUGCGCAGACAAAGGCUGCAACUACAAUUCGAUUUGGGUGUGGACGAGCGAGCCAUGCCCGCUGCCUUACGAGCUGCCUUAG